AUGACCAAACCAAGGUAUCCAAAUGAGGAUGCAACACAAGGUCCCUUUUCCUUCGGAGCCAGUGGUUUCCGUAUCAACGACACCUUUCGCGAAAGUGGAAAAUGCCUCAAAAGACUCCUUUUCCCGGAAUCGCUGAAGAGUGAGAAGGCCAGAAAGUCGGCUCGAAAUGAUGCUAGUAUGAUUGAUAGACCCUGGAUCAAGGCUCAGUUACAGCAUUAUGGAAUCGACUUCAAUCUUAAUAUUGACCCCUUAAAGGCGAAAGCUCUACUACUUAUAAGUGUCGCCUAUGGGCUAUGCGAUGCGGUUCCACCCCAAGUUCUCAAGAUCAAGUCCACCCUCAAGGAACAAUACAAGAGUAUAAUAGAGGAUUACCGUGACAGAAUAAAAGCUAAUGCGGAGAAUACCGACGACGAGAGUGAUAGCGAAGACAUGAGCGGUGAUAAAGAGGAUAGCGACGACGAGCGAGCAGCCGGACGUAGCAAGGACUCGGAUUACAAUACGGGCGGCGAGCCAGACAAUCCUAUCGACACAGCUUUAGACGCGCCAGUAAAGCGUCAGAAGAUCGAGAGUAGCCAUCCUCGCCGGCUAUACUUUCAAUGGCGUGGGUAUAACACCAUGUUAGGUGCCGUUCAAUUUGACCCUCAGGGUCGCAACACGGGAUACCUGGAUUUUGCGAACGAUGACGCGACAAUCUUUGAAGGAAACAUUCUGAUGGAUGCCAUGGGAGGCGAGAUAUUAUUUCAAGGUUACGGAGUACCUGGGCUUUCUGGACCAUUGACGAUGAAUUGGAAUGCCCUCUCGCAUCUUGCCGCCGAGAGGGCAAAGGUCCAGUAUUAUAUGUGGCAAUAA